ACGAAAGCCUGCGCCUCAUGGAGGCCGGCGGCAAUAAACGGUUGGCGGAGUUCUCGAGACGGGUGGGCGUCUACCGGUGGUCUACCAUGGAAGAGAAGUACCGACACCCUUGCCUCCCGCUGUACCGGAGGCGCCUUGCCGCCCUGGCGCACGGGGAGAAGCCUCCGCCGAUCUCGAGGGAAGCCCUGGAACAGGCGAGAGCGGGGGGGAGGGGGGGGGGG